UGCUUAAAGCUACUACUAAGUCUCACUUUGAUGUUUACUGUCGUUAGAGCAAUUUCUUCUUUCAGCAAACUCACCACUACUGAGAAUAUCGGAGAUUGUGUAUCGGCUACAACUGUAGAUCGUUUACCGCUCGAUAUAAUGAAACUAAAGAACUAUGACAUUAAAUUCAUUAUCAGUCCAAAUUACGAUUCGAUCAUCGGCACAUGCGUUAUCUUCAUCCAUAUUCAUUAUCGAACAGAAAGCAUACGUUUACAAGCCUACAAAAUACAAAUGGUCUUGAAUCAGAUACAACUCGUGACGAUAGAUGAAUCGCCAGAAUACGUAAAAACAUAUAUCCCAGUAGGAUAUCGUUACUGUAAAAUAUCGCAGAUGUUGGACCUGCAUUUUGAGGAUGAUAUAUGGCCUGGACUUUAUCAUUUGAAAUUGAAUUUCCUUGUAUCUCUUAAACACAACGAAUAUAAAGGCCUUUAUCAAUAUGAGUCCAUUGAAGGUGCAAAGACACAAAGGUGGUUGUUCACGAAUGUAUUUGAACCAUUCGCGGCCCGGAGAUUGUUUCCAUGUUGGGAUGAAUCAGGAAUAAAGGCAACUUUCAACCUCUCUGUGAUGCAUCCUAUGCGACACAUGAUCAUAUCAAAUAUGUUGAAAAGAAUAGAGUCAGCAGCAAUUGACACAUUUAAUUGGACACAUUUUAUGCCUAGUUCCUUGAUAACUGCCUCUGAAGUGAAGAUUAUUAUGAUCGAUAAGGAUAUGACUCAUUUCUCUGAAAUUGUGACGGAUACCAUGUGGUAUUAUAAAGAAUCGGAACGUAAACUUAAUUUCGCCCAUUUUACAGCUGUUUUACAAAGGAUGUCCUUAAUCCAGUACGCAAAUGUGUUCCAAAUUCCGAAAAUGGAGCAUAUCGUGAUUCCGAAUAGUCCAAUGCAAACCGCCGGAUCGAAUAAUCUCGUAAUAUACAGAGAACGUGAUAUUGCCUAUGAUGAAACGUCCGAUUUCAUUGGUGUUGAAUUAAAUAUCGAAAAGAUAAUCGCCAGUCAAAUGGCACGUCAUUUGUUCCGUCAAAUUAUUCCUCUGUCGUCGUGGUCUAACAAGUGGAUGAUUGAAUCAUUUGGGACGUACUUUAGUUAUUUCUUUUCAAACGAGUCUUACUACCGCCAACAGUUGGAGGAACUUUUCGUAGUCCAAAUUCUACAACCAGCUCUCUAUUAUGAUAACGUUCUACAAAUGAAACCUGUCGCACGUGAAAUUAUUAACGCCGAUGACAUUGAUACGGUUCUUUUCUCUCGUUUCUAUCGCUACAAAGGCUCCGUUUUUCUGCGCAUGUGGAAACAUAUUGCCUCGAAAAAAUUUGAAAAGCGCAUCAAGAAAUAUGUGACGGAAUCUGCGCGCCAAGCUGAUGGUGAAGAUUUCUGGGAAAUUAUGCAAGGUAGAGACACUGUGGAAGAGCAAUCACACCCUUCUAUUCAAGACAUAAUACAUGGCUGGGCACAGGUAAAACGUUAUCCUGAGCUGUACGUUACUUAUGAUGGCAAGACAGUGAAUACCAAAGCAAGUUGCGAAAACGACACUAAAUUGUACAUACCUAUGAGCUUCCUUGCACCAUCGAAAGCUCAUUGUAUCCGGAAUGUUGUGAAAAUUAAUUGGCGACAAUGUAAUGGUGCAAAAAUAACUUCUAAGCAAGAAUGGCCAUUUAUUAUAGGCAACGUGCACCAAGUUGGAUACUAUCGGAUUAAUUAUGACAAUAAAAAUUGGCGAAGAGUUGGAUCUUAUCUACAAUACAGCAAUCACACAUGCAUUCCUGUGCAAAAUCGAGCUCAACUGAUCGACGACGCAUACUACUUUGCGAUAACGGGUAAUCUCCAUAAGACGUAUUUUUUCCAUAUUAUCGAAUAUCUACAACGAGAGACGCACUACGUGCCAUGGUAUCCCAUGUUCAACAUUCUGUCGUACAUGUCCGCUUAUUUGAAGACUUCCGCGAGUAAAAGGAUAAAGUUAAGGAUAUCAGGCAUAUUGGGUGGUCUGCUUAACAAUAUAGGGUACGAGGAACAUCCUGAGGAUGAUGGAAUGACGAAAUCGUUAAGAUUAUUAGCGGCAAAGUGGUUCUGUGAACUCGGUCAUAGUGAGUGCAGGAUAGCUGCAAGUAAUAAAUUGUACACGAAACUCUCUUCUCCGACGAUCGAAAUUUUGCCAUGGUGGAAUGAAUGGGUAUACUGUACUGGUAUGAUGCAUCUAAACAAAACCAUUUGGCAACAGAUCCUAGUCGAAAGCAUUCAAUCAUCGGACGUAUCCAAAUUCAAAUAUUUGGCGUGUACUGAUCGUAGCGAUCUCCUUAUAAACUACAUGGAUUUUCUUAGGACAAACAAUCAAACAAAUAAUUUAAUGGAAUACGAACAGCUUGUUAAACAUUAUCGUUUUACUCUAACGAGAAAUUUGGCGAAGGAAUCCGUGUUUGAUUAUGCUCUAGUGUACUUUAAGGAUAUAGUAAACAGAUUUUAUCAAAAUGAUACGUUGAUCCUAUGGGGUGAUAUAAUAUGGUCUAUUUAUGACAAACAACAAAGAAAACUGGUAGUAGAAAAAUCAGAGAAUAUAAACAGAAAAAAUUCACGAAAACAAAAAGAAAUACAAAAAAUAAUAAAGGCACGAUGGAAUCACUUGAGCAAACUACGCAAGAAGUUUUCCGAAUUUUAAAACAGAGAAGAUCAAAUGGCACGAAAGUCGGUCGAAACGGAAAAAUUCACAACUUCUCAUGUAUUUGGGCCAACUAUUCAUAUCUAUAUAAUACAUACAAAUUAUUAUUUUUAAUGAAAAUUUAGAAAACAUCGCGUAUAUCCAAGUAUAUGUGUACAUAAUACGUUUAAAAAUAUUAGACACACAUAUACAUAUAUUCAUAUUUCUAUAUAUAUAGA